AUGAAGCUUCUGGUCGCUUCACUCUGUAUCGUCCUUGUGGGCGGGGCACCCGAUGGAUAUGGUAGUGGUGGUGGUGGAUCUUCGGGCGGCGGAGGAUUCUCAGGAGGAGGAGGAUUUUCCGGUGGUGGAGGAUUCUCCAGUGGUGGAGGAUUCUCCAGUGGUGGAGGAUUUUCCGGUGGAGGAGGAUUCUCCGGUGGAGGAGGAUGCAAUGCGGGAGAGAUUCUUCAUGUUGAUGGCUCCUGUGUCGUUCCCAUAAUCUCACGCAACGUAUUUGUCUAUGACGCACCCGAACAGCAGGAAGAAAGCGGUCCACCGCCAAGUAUUCCUCCACCAAGAAUCGACCACAACAUCCUAUUUGUCCGCGUUCCUGAGAAGGGAGCAGCACCUGAGCCAAUCAUCGUUCCUCCACCAAGGCAACAGAGCGUGGUGUACGUCCUGAACAAGGACGAUGGAGGAGGAGGACAGCAAGUGAUCGAAGUGACAGCUCCUCCACCGUCCAACCCUGAGGUUUACUUCGUCAACUAUGCUGAAGGAGAUAACCCUCAACUGCCCAUUGGAGUUGAUCUCCAGACUGCUCUCCAAGCAGCUGCCAACGGCGGAGGACAAGUCAUCGGUGGAGGCGGAUCAGGAGGAUUUGGCGGUGGUUCCGGUGGCGGAUUUGGCGGUGGUUCUGGUGGCGGAUUUGGCGGUGGUUCUGGUAGCGGAUUUGGCGGAGGUUCCGGCGGCGGAUUUGGCGGUGGUUCCGGCGGUGGAUUUGGCGGUGGUUCCGGCAGUGGAUUUGGCGGUGGUUCAGGCGGUGGUAAUGGGCUUGGCGGUAACUAUAGUCCUCCAGCUCCCUCAAGUGUAUAUUCUGGUCCCUAA